AUGACUGAAGAUGACGCAGACAGCGUCGCCACCGAUUCCCAGCAGAGCGAGGAGACCGAGUUGCCUGUUAUUCAGCUGUGCGGGCUGGUGGAGGAGCUCAGCUAUGGAAACUCUGCUCUUAAAACAGAGACAGAGAUGUUUGAGAAAUAUUAUUCUAAACUGGAACCUGGGGACUACCGACCUCCACGGUUAUCAGAUAUUAAAAUAUCAGCAGCAGAAUUUGCGCAGUUACGAAGCAGGCGUAAAUCCAAGUCCCGCACAGGUAUGGACCAUUUUAUAGGCCUUGGUGUAGAACAAAAACUUGAGCUUGUACAGAAGGAGCUGGAAGACACGAAGGAUGAGAUAAGGCACAUGAGGGCUAAUGCUGAACGGGACCUGCAGCAUCAUGAGGCUAUCAUUGAGGAAGCUGAAAUUCGAUGGACUGAAGUUCAGAGAGCAGUGCAUGACUUUGAGAAAGAUAUUCUAAAAACUGUAUCCAAGAAGAAAGGCAGUAUUUUGGCCACUCAGAAAGUGAUGAAGUACAUUGAGGAUAUGAACCGCCGGAGGGACAAUAUGAAGGAUAAAUUAUGUUUGAAAAAUGUUUCCCUCAAAGUUCAGAGGAAAAAAAUGCUUUUACAAUUGAGGCAGAAGGAAGAGGUAGGUGAGGCGCUCCAUGAUGUUGACUUUCAGCAGCUGAAGAUUGAAAACGCUCAGUUCUUAGAGACUAUUGAAGCGAGGAAUCAAGAACUGAUCCAGCUGAAGCUGGCCUCUGGCAGCACCCUGCAGAUCCUCAACGCGUACAAAAGCAAGCUUCAACGGGCAAUGGAAAUGUACAUCAAUUUGGACAAGGAGAUCCUUCAGAGAAAUGAGCUACUUGAAAAAAUUGAAAAAGAAACCAUACAGGCAGAGGAGGACAGGGCCAAAGCAGAAGCUUUGAAUAAGAAGCUAAGGAAGCAGCUGGCUGAGUUCCGAGCACCACAGGUGAUGGUGUAUCUCAGAGAGAAGACUAAUGGAGAUCUGGAGAAGACCAUCAAGAUGUGGGAGAGGAAGGUGGAGAUUGCAGAGAUAUCCUUAAAAGGCCACCGAAAGACUUGGAAUAAAAUGAAAACAAGCAGUGAGCAGUUGCAGGCCAUCUGUCGCUCUGGGAAAUAG